UAGGGAGAAAUAUGCUUUGUGCUAUGGUUUUCCUAUUAGUCCUAUAAAUGGACAGGACAUGUGGCCUAAUGUUGAAAGUGAAGAUCUAUUGCCUCCUGACUUUAAAAAGGGUCCUGGUAGACCAAGGAAAUUGAGGAUUAGGGAAACUGGAGAGGAAGGUGCUAGGAGGAGGCUACCUGGUGUGUCUUACAGGUGCACUAGAUGUGACAAGAUUGGGCAUAAUAUCAAGUCAUGCAAGAGCAAGGUGCAAGAUCCAAGUGCCUUGAAAAGAAAGAAAAAAGGACAAUUGAGGGCUGCUAAUAAUGCAAGUGUUGACACAUGUGAAGCCAAUCCAACUGCUACAAAUGAGGUCAAAACAAAUGUGGUGAAAGAGGCCAAUCCAAAUGAGGUCAGAACAUGUGAAGCCAGUGCAAGUGAGGGCAAUCCAAGUCAAGGCAAGCCAAGAGCAGUGAAAACCAGUCAAGCCAAAACAACACCAGCUGAAGAAAGUGCCAAAAACAAGGGAAAAGCUCAAGUGAACCCAGUGAGAAAGAGGGUCAGUGAGAGAAUUAAGGAAAAUUGGUUUAAAAAACCAAAACCUUUCACAGGCCCUGGGUCUGCACCAGAACAACCAUUUUUGAUAACAGAGGAGGGUGAUGGCAAUGACUCACAAAGGAAGAAGAAGACUACUCCUAAGAAGACUAUGAAGAAGACCCCUAAAAAGAAGUCUAUCAAUGACUUGUAGUUUACUAUGUCUGUUUACUUUGUCUGUUGCACAUGUUGGUGCCUUUUGUAAUGACUGAAUUGCACUAUGUCUUUGUGUAUUGACUGAAUUGCACAUUUUGGUGCUUCAUGUGGUUUUAUGGUUUAUGCACAUUUGGUGCUUUUCUUGUAAACAGAAUUAUGCACAUUUGUGCUUUUAAUGUCUUUUGGUAAUGAACUAAUUAUGCACAUAAGGUGCUUUUGGUAUCAA